AUGACCGAGUCCAAAACUUCCAACGCGCUCCCCAAGUCCUCGACGCUGGACAACGGCGCCGACUCGACCGAAGCUGUUGAAACCCCUGCCAAUCAGAACCCCUUCGCCGGCAAAGGCAGUCAAUUCUGGCUCGUCUUCCUCGCCCUUUGCGUCUCUUGCUUCCUCUCUGCACUCGACUUGACCGCCGUUUCGACCGCACUCCCAGCCAGUGAGUUUUCGACCUUAGCCACGCGGUCGGUCUCAGGUUAUCUUCGGGUCAAGGGGACAGAUCCUAACGCGAUUUGUCAUUGCGCAGUGGCGGCCGAGUUUCAAUCCACCGAGUUCAGUUGGGUCGGAUCGGCUUACGCCUUGACCUCGACGGCUUUGAUUCCUUGGACCGGAGGGUUUGCCGCCAUCUUUGGUCGAAAGGCGACCAUGCUAGGGUCCUUGGCUUUAUUCGCUAUUGGCUCGGCCGUCGUCGGUUCGGCACACACGAUGGAGAUCGUCAUUCUUGGUCGUGCAAUCCAGGGUAUUGGUGGAGGUGGAAUUCUUACAAUGGUGAAUUGUGAUUGCAGGCGUGUGAAGAACUUAAGGGCGGGUGCUGACCUCUCAUGAGCUGCUCUCGCCAGACCGAAAUUGUCGUCGUCGAUCUCGUACCGCUCGCCGAGCGAGGCGCUUUCUUCGGCAUUUUUGGCGCAGGUGAGUGCAGGUCCAACCUCCUUUAAGCAACUUACGAUCUGACGUACUGUAUCACACUUCACAGUCUGGGCCUUUGCCAGUGCGAUCGGUCCCCCCAUCGGUGGUGCCCUUGCCUCCGCUGGAGCUUGGCGAUGGUAAGCCUCUUAUACCUACCUUAUGGCUUCACGCCUACUCACCCGGAAGCUGAUUUACGCAUCUUGCCCGGCUCCAAAAACAGGUUGUUCUACCUCAACCUUCCUCUCACCGGUGUCGCGGCCGUCUUGGUCAUCUUCUUUCUCCGUAUCAAGGCCCCUCAAACGACUCUCAAGGAAAAGCUCGCGCAAAUGGACUACUUCAAUCUCGUCUUCGUCGCCGGCGCGACCUCGACCAUCCUCGGUCUGACCUGGGGCGGUGUGACCUACUCAUGGUCGUCUUACGAGGUCCUGGUUCCUCUAAUCAUCGGUUUGUCCCUGAUGGGUUUAUUCCUUUGGCUCGAGAAGACAUACGCGAAGUACCCGACCGUCCCCUUUGACGUGCUUCGUCAUCGCUCGAGCUUGCUCGGUUUCAUGGCCACUUUCUUGCAUGGUAUCGUCACUCUCGCGGCUAUCUACUACAUGACGGUCUACUUCCAAGCGUCCAAGAUGGCGACACCUGUCAAAGCUGGAGUCGAUACUUUCUCAUUGAGUUUGUAAGUAAAGUACUACGCAGUCAUCGCGCGUCAAAGCUGCUUGCUAACUCGCAGGAUCUUGUUCUGGCUACGCAGCACCAUCGCCCCUAUGGCCAUCGUCACGGGUGUCUCGAUCGGUAUCCUCGGGACCUACCGCAAGCAGAACCUUUUCGGAUGGGCUCUGGCUAUGAUCGGCUUCGGCUUGACCUCGAUGCUCAAGUACAACUCGUCCAAGGCUGCUUGGACUGGGUAGUAAGUAACCAUGACACGCAUGUCAAAUGCGUAUUCCUAAUCACAGUCCCUGAUCAUUCUUCAUCUCUUCGUAAACAGUCCAAUUAUCGCCGGUAUCGGCAUGGGUAUCCUGUACAGCGCCACCAACUUCCCCGUCCUCGCUCCUCUUAAGCCGUCUCAGCAACCUCACGCCGUAAGUCGAAACCGUGUCUUUAAGACCCUCUUGACCGCAACUUGAUCCGCCUCUUGCCUCGUCUCCAAAAGAUGGCUUUCUUCGCCUUCGUGCGUUCGUUCGGCCAAGUGUUGGGCAUCUCGAUCGGCUCAACGAUCUUGCAGAACCAAUUGGCCAAGAACCUCCCCGAAGCGUUCUUGGCCAUGUUCCAUGGCAAUGCCGAGAUCGCGUUCCCGGCGAUCCCUAUCAUUCCUACUCUGUGAGUUCAAUUUUGAUGAAGAGGUUCGUUUUCGGUAUCGGAGUCUGACCCAUCAAGUCGUUCCUCCUGACCCAAAGUGCCGAGCCGAUCCGCUCCCAAGUGCGUGGAGCGUUCGCCUUGAGUCUACGCGUGAUUUGGCUCGUCAUGAUCGGCAUCUCUGGGUUAGGAUUGAUCAUCUCCUUCUUCCUGAGGGAUAUCGAAUUGACCAAGGAGAUGGAUGACAAGUGGGGGAUGAGUGACAAGCAGGAGGGGACGUCGGCUGCUGCUGAGAUGGUGGAGCAACGGGUUUGA